AUGGACCGCGUAAGUGGCGUGUGUAGAUUCGGAGGAGUGAUGUCGGCAGUAAGAACCAGAACUGGUCGUAGUAAGCGGCGCCUGACGGGUCAGAAUCAGCCUGAGGAUCUGCCGGAGCCACCGCGCCGUGGCCUGGGUGCCAUACUGGUUCUCGCCUGCAUUCUCGUCUACCACAACUGUUUGUACUGCGGUUUCGUCUUCGAUGACAUAAGUGCCAUAAAAGAGAACAGAGACUUGAGACCACAGACUCCAAUAUCAAACAUUUUCCUCAACGAUUUUUGGGGAACUCCUAUACAUAAGACCUCUGAUUCCAUUUACUCGUAA